UCCUCCGGCCGCGGGGCCUCGCUGCGCUCCUCGCCGGGGCGGGAGGCGGUGGCAGGUGCCCCAGCCCGGGACCUUCCGGAGCGCCCACCCCGCAGCGGCGGAUCCCUCCCUCUCCGCUCCCGUCCAUCACUCGGGGGUCGAGGGCUGGCGGCGGCGGCGGCAGCACCCCGUCCCUCCCCUGCUUGCCCCUCCACUACCCAAUCGAAGGGGACACCUAAGAGCCGCGGGAGAAGAUCAUGGCAACGUGAGUGAGCAGCGGAGCCGCCUGGCCGGACCUCCCCGUACCCGGCGGAGCGGAGCGCGGAGCCGCGCGGGUGCCCCAGCCCGAGCGCAGUUCGCGGCGGUGUCCGAGCGGAGCGGAGCGGCCUCCAGCCCUGCCCCAGCUCAACAUUCUCUUCUUGGAGGCUCUUUCUUUUCCUGUUGAUGAUAAAGAUGGAAAGAAAGUGGAUAUUGGAGGAUUUUCAUUUUAUCUUUUUUGGUGUGCUCUGUCUCCUUUUCAUAGAUGGAGGUAAACUAGAACAAGUAAAACAUUCAGAUACAUACUGUGUGUUUCAAGAUAAGAAAUACCAUGUAGGAGAAAGAUGGCAUCCUUAUCUAGAACCGUAUGGCCUUGUUUACUGCGUUAAUUGUCUUUGUUCAGAGAAUGGAAAUGUUUUGUGCAGCAGAAUAAGAUGCCCAAGUCUACACUGUGCUUCCCCUGUGCAUGUACCACAGCUGUGCUGCCCACGAUGCCCAGAAGAUUCCCUUUUCUCAGUAAGCAGCAAAAUCACUGGGAAAUCCUGUGAAUACAAUGGCACCACCUACCACCAUGGAGAAAUGUUCGUGGCUGAGGGGCUUUUCCAAAACAGGCAAGCAAACCAGUGUGCCCAGUGCAGCUGCUCAGAAGGAAAUGUGUACUGUGGAUUGAAGACUUGUCCCAAGUUAACUUGCUCUUUCCCAGUUUCUGUUCCAGAGUCCUGCUGUCCAGUAUGCAGAGGAGAUGGAGAAUUAUCAUGGGAACAUUCUGAUGGAGACAUAUUCCGGCAGCCAGCCAACAGGGAAGCUAGACACUCCUACCAUCGCUCCCAUUACGAGCUGUCACCCAGCUCUGCCAGGCAGGCAGUCAGCAUGCCACGAUUUCCCAGUGCCAGGAGUAACCGUGGAGCACUCCCAGAUCCCCAGCAGGCCUCAGGAACAAUCGUACAGAUCGUCAUCAACAACAAGCACAGGCACGGACGAGUUUGUGUUUCAAAUGGCAAAACAUACUCGCAUGGUGAAUCUUGGCAUCCCAAUCUCCGGGCCUUUGGAAUCGUAGAGUGUGUGUUGUGCACCUGCAACAUCACCAAACAAGAAUGUAAGAAAAUUCACUGUCCAGAACAAUAUCCCUGCAAAUACCCUCAGAAAGUAGAAGGAAAAUGCUGUAAAGUCUGUCCAGAAGAUGUGCCAAGUCAAACCUUUGACAACAAAGAUUACUUCUGUGGGAAAGAGACAUUUCCUGUCUAUGAAUCCAUUUUCACAGAGGAAGGAGAAACCAUCAGGAAAAUUGCAAUAGAGAUUGAAAAGCCACCUCAAAUAGAAAUACAUGUGUGGACAAUUAGAAGAGGGAUUCUGCAUCACCUCUAUGUUGAAAAAUUGUCCAAGAGAGAAUUUGAAGGACUUCCUUACUUCAAGCUGAUAACAAGGACAACCCUCAGCCAGUGGAAAAUAUUUAGCGAGGGAGAAGCUCAGAUCAGCCAAAUGUGUGAAAGCAGAGUGUGCAGGACUGAGCUCGAGGAUUUGGUAAAGGUUUUGUACCUUGAAAAGUCUGAAAAGGGUCACUGUUAAGGAAGACAGCACUGGAGGGAAAAACACAAGAAAACUUCUGAAAACUUGGAUCUGCAGCUGGACUGCAGGCUUAUUUUGCUUAAGUCAGCAGUUGCCCUAAACCCCAAAACUAUAAUGCAGUAAUUAUUCACAUCAUGCACAGCAAAUCUGCUGCUUUAUGUGUAGUGGUCUGUGUCAACUGUUCAAAUAUCUCCUCCAAAAGACUAGAAGGCUCUGUGUUACUGGUGGGGGAAGGAGAAAGAAAGACUGUGCUUUCCUAGAGUUGCAUUUCUUUACAAGUUAAAAAGAGAAAACAGAACAUUUUUACUCUUAUUAUUUGGCAAGUUAUUCAAACUAAUGAAAAGAAGGACACCUAAUAAAUGUGUAGGAACUAUGGGAGCAUUAUAUCCUGUCCUGAAUUUAUACCAUUUCUGGUGUUGAAAUGACUCAUGGAUUUCUUGUAGUAGUGGAGGAAAAAUACGAGUGAUACAAUACUCAUGUUGGAGACAUAAAAACCAGAUUUAAACUGACAGACUCCUUAGCAGCCUGCCUUUGGGAUGAUUUCUUGUAGUUGAGCAAACAAAGUCCAUAAACUGAACAGCAGGUGUUAGUGGCAAUCAAUAUAUUUUUGUAGCAAUUGGAGCAAAUGUUGGCUUUCAAGUGGUUUUCACUGUUUCUUCCACCCACUUCUCUAAAAGUGUUAGCUCCCCAUCAUAGCCCUAAUAACUUCAUUCUUCUGGGCCCUAUUUACACAUGCUAUUGGCUGGUAAACCACCUUCUAAAGUGAUGUGGCAGAAAGUGGUGAAGUACUUGCAGUAUUUUCAAAACACCUCAAGCAUUAAAACUCACAAUUAAUAAUACCUUAAAAGUUGUGAAGAACUUAAUUUAUUUGUUCUGAUUUGUUACAAACAUAAUCUUCAUUUUUCUGAGGGUGACCUCUCAAUUCUCAUGUUUCAAGAACAACUCUCUCCCAUGACAAACAACAAACAGCUAUAGGCUUGUAGAGCACAACAAACAGCUGCUUGUUGUGACAGCUGUUAUCUUCAGGAAAAAACCUCAAAUCUGAGAGAUUCUGUUAAAUUUAGUAUAGCACAUCUGCAGUGUGUUUAAGAGAGGAGACUUUCAUCUGCAGAGUAAUUGUAACAAUUCGAAAACGAAAAUCCUGCACUGCCCCGUGGCUGCAAUAUUGGAUUAAAUCCCAAGUGCAAGUGACUCUGCCUGCUUUUGCUCCCAUUUUCUACUCCACAAGCAGACAGGAAUAGUGCUGUUUAAACACAUGCUAGGAAACAAAGCUUUAUGGAAAUGGCCUGAGCUGGGGGCUGGGGCUUCACAGGGAGUGAAAUCAACAGUGACAGCAAGGAUUUUGAGAUUUGUCAUUCUGCCAGUGACAGCACUCAAGGGUGUCCACUUUCCUAAAGGGAUGAAGUUGUGGGAGAGGUUGGUACUGAAUGCCAAAAGCCCAUUCAGGCAGAGCUUCACCAUUGUGAGGGGAUCCUUGGCGUGGGCAGCAGACCCUGGCAGUCUCCAUCAGCAGUGCGGGCCUCAGGAGGAGUAGGAUGCAGGGCUUCUUAACAAAGAGGAGCAAGUGAGAAGAACAGACAUGAAGGUGAAAGAAAGGCUGAAGGGAAUUAGAAGAAAACAUACAGGGUGAUGUCAGGACCACCCUGCUCUCCCUAGGCCUGGACAGAGAGCAGAUAAGAUUUGGGCAUACAGGCUAUUGAAAGUGCAGCAAGUUGAAAUGCAGGAACACCUGGCUAAAAGAAAUCCUCUAUCACUGUUCAUGAAAAGGAGAACUAAGUGAACUGUCCUGCCACCUUUCCAGGGGACUGCAGCUUCCAUAAGUCCUGUCCUGGUGUUGGAAAGGGGUGUAGCAUAUCUAAACAAAGGCCCUAAAACCUCACUGCAUCAGAGCUGCAGUGUAACUGUAGAAGAAGCAGUUUGGCAUGAGAAGCACUGAUUGCACAUGGAAACUACUGGGUUGAAAUGUGCUGCAGAACUGUAAAAUUUUUAUUAUAAAUGUUUAAGAAGAGGUUCUGAGGAAUUGUAGUGUUCUCUGGUGAGAAGACCAGCAGUUGAUUUCUCACCUAAAAGGCAUCGUUUGUAGCAGUAGCUGGUGGCAAAAGACUAAGUGGAAAGUGUACGGUGUUUGUAAUUUUUUUUUACGAGGAAGGCAACCUGCUUUUUUGGAUUUGUGACAGGACUGGUGGAAUCCAGAUUGUAUAUUUAUUUUAUAAUAAACACUUCCUAAGAAAAGCAAAAAGCAGUCAUAAGCAUCAUUUAGUAAAAUGCAGUGUUGCGUUUUUGGUCACUAAAGACAACAAAAUACACAGUGUCAUGUUUUGCAUUCUCUUCAUGAGAUGUACGUCUGUUGCUGUACUUAUUUAUGUACUUGUAUCACUUUGACCUGGUUUGAUAAAUUAAUAAACUCUGAAGUUGAUAAUAAAAUAA